AUCCUAGCCUGGGAAGGGCUCUGGAAUUCUUUGCAUCAGCUUAAGAAGAUUUAACAACUUUUGAGUUCUGUCCAGAGGGUAAAGCUUCCAAAGGAUGAAGAUUUUGAUAAUGAUUGAUUUUGUCCUUGCAGCUAGCUUGAUGGAUGCCAUUGGCAGCUCUGAUCUACAGAACUGUUUUCAAGAGCAGAUACGACUUCAGGGCCAGGUGAGGCUUCUGGAACAUCGUGUGAAACAGCAUCAGUUAAAAAUUAUACAGCUUUUAGAGAAGAAAGAGAUUCAGUACAGUGACAGAGGAGAUGAGAACAGUGUCAUUGACUUGGGAGGAAAAAGACAGUAUUCAGAUUGUGCAGAAAUCUACAAUGACGGCCAUAAGCAAAGUGGAUUUUAUAAGAUGAAACCUAUCCAGAGUCCUACUGAAUUCCUUGCCUUCUGUGACAUGUCUGAAGGGGGUGGUUGGACUGUUUUUCAGAGACGUUCUGAUGGCAGCCAGAAUUUUGAUAGAGUCUGGACUGACUAUGAAGAAGGCUUUGGAAAUUUUGUUCUGACAAAUGGCGAAUAUUGGCUUGGAAAUAAAAAACUUCAUUAUUUGACUAAUCAAGGGAACUAUACUUUAAGAAUUGAUCUAACUGAUUUUGAAGGAGAACGGCGUUUUGCACAAUAUGCAAGAUUCAGAGUUGCAGGUGAAGAGCAUUCUUAUGAGAUGAGCUGUGGUGAAUACUCUGGCACAGCUGGUGAUUCCCUUACUGGUGGAUUUCAUCCUGAAGUAAAAUGGUGGGCUGAUCAUCGAGGAAUGAAAUUCAGUACUAGAGACAGGGACAAUGACAACUAUGAAGGGAACUGUGCCGCAGAGGAAAAGGCUGGCUGGUGGUUUAACAGGUGUCACUCUGCCAACUUGAACGGUUUGUACUACAAAGGCCCCUAUACUGCAAAGACGGACAACGGGAUUGUUUGGUACACUUGGCAUGGGUGGUGGUAUUCUCUGAAAUCCGUUGUCAUGAAGGUCAGACCAGCAGACUUUGAACCUAAUAUUGUUUAAGUAUUUUAUUAAGACGAUUUAUCUAGUUAAUCUUUUAGCAAAUCAAUCCAAAUUAAAACAUAUGGGCAGAUUUUUGCUUCUCAUCUAUGCAUAUAUAAAUCUGGAAUAAUUCCUCCGCAACCAGUAGUUUUAUGAUAUGUAAAUGAGGAGACAAGCUAGCCUGUGAAUCUGUAGAUGCACAUACUAGUGCUAAUAUGCGUACAGGAUUUUUUUAAAAAGGCAGGCAUUCACCUAGGAAUAAGGGCAUCUUCAUCAACAUGGAGAAUUUUUGGCUUCUGCAGUAACUACAAAUCCUUUCACCUUUUAAAAAAACACCCAGUAUUGUCACUGUGUUGUCUCAAAAAUGAAAACGAAUUCUACGUAUUACAACAAAAAAAUUAUUUCAAUACAAGCAUAAGGCUGGUUUACUCAGUGGAUGGAAUAUACUUUCUUUGGAAUGAUUCAAGGCUUUAGAAUUGAGUUGCCUGUAAAUUCCUCUGAUUUAUUUGUUGCAUGUGUUGUGUACAUAGCAUACAUAAAAAGUAUAAAGAAUGAGGCAGGGAACUGAAGGAAGAGAAGGGAUGCUACCAGGCUAGAAUCAAUUGAAUCCAGCAUACAGAAGUGGAUUGUCUGUUGUUGCUGAAGCAUUUCUAGGGCUGGUCCCAUCAUUUCAAUCUACCAUUUUUAGAUGGUCUGUAAUUAUGCCUUUCUUCUUCUUGGUAACCAUUAUGCCUGACUUUUUUUUGGUAACAUUUGGUAACAAAACCUGGACUUAAAUUUAUUGACAUUUGGAGUUUACCAAAAGGCUAAAUAACAAAAGCUGCAACUAAUUUUAAUGUGAGCUAUGCUUUGAACAUAGACUAUCAUAAUGCAUGUGUAGGUGGAAGUGUAUUUCAUGUGCAACUAAAAUCUGGCAAUUUAGAGGUUCUUAGUGCUUGACUCUAAAUCUUUACUUUCUUCAUGUAUCUCUUAGUCUCCACAAUUCUCCAAAUGUGAAUUCCCUGUUCAGUCACUUCAAAGUCGUUCUGCUUCUAAGUCUAUUAUCUUCUCCUUUUCUUAUGUCCUUGUCUUGGCUCCCUGGGCUUUCCCCCUUCUCAAGCUGCAGAUCCACGUUUUUCUUGAACAAGAAAAAUCGUAAGAGAGACUCUGCCUACCCCUGGCUUUUGUGCCUAGCACCACAAUAGACUCUAAUAGCCAGUAACAACAAGAAUCUCUGAUUGGUGCUUGCUGCCAUGGAGAAGAUAGGAACACUCUCUAGAAAGCUAUUUGAUGCAAUGUAAUCCAUUUCUGCUGAGCAGAUGCAAAUGAAGAUUUUAAAAAACACAUGGAUCUGAGCCAAACUUGGGCACUUUUAUUUCCCUGCUUUCCUAAAAUAAUUUUGCUUUUGUGGUUGGACUGCCAGUCUCUCUCCCUCUGUCCAAACAGAGUUUUUGAACCUGGCAGCCAGUUUCAGUCAAGCUUAUUAGCAUAAUUGAACCUAACUUUUGGCAAUCUAUUAGUCAAUUUAUAACUACAUUGAUAUGAAUACAGGUGAGCUGAAUGGUAACUCCCUGCAUGGCCAUUUUUCCUUCCGUUUCCAUCCUCCAAAACCAAAAGUUUGCCAAGAAUACUUGAAAGAAUUGCAUGGAAUAAGGGAGGGAGGAUGUGUAGAACAACUUGGGGGGAAAGAGAGGUUCAUAUGAAACCAUCUCAUGCAAUAAAAUUAAUCAGAUUACACCUAAACAAAAAAAGCGCAUUAAGUAGAGGAAAAAACGGGCUUCAGGCAGCUAAAAAGAACAUACAAUACAGAUAUUCAGUAUUCAACAUUAAAACAGAACAUCUGAUAUGUAUUUUUAUCCAAUUUUAUUACAGAAUUUAAAAUGGGUUUCUGUGUAACUAUGAGCAGGUCUAUAGGUAUGGGUCAUUAAUAAUACAAUGGAAGUUUUGGAGUAGUUUAAAAAGAUGUUUUAAGUACAGUAUUUCCCAUCAUGAUUUUCAAAUUCUUUUGCUACUCUAAGAGGAGAAGGAUUUAAUUCUUUGCAAAAACAUGGAUGACGUUAUGUAGAAAUUGUAAAAUCACCCUUAGUUUUUCACAGGAAAAUGGAAAGAUUAGCUCAUGUAUUUGGACAGUAUCGAGACAGCUCAUAUUCCACAUAAUUUAAAUAAAAGACAUGGAGGAUUUAAGUACAGCAAAAUUGCAUCUCUAGCACACAAAAAAGACUCAACAUGUAGAGAUUGUGCUCAUAAAAUCUGUAUUAAUUUUUUUGUUUGCUGCAGCAUAAAUCCAUCCUCUUUACUUAUGAGAGUGCUAAUGAAAUCUUUCAGCUGAGUUAGGAUGCUUUUGUCAUAUUCUGAUGUAAAAUUUGACUCCCUUUCUCUAUUGGAAAUCAUAAAAUGAAGGAGGAUCAAAUCUUUCUUUGUACGUCUUACAAUGCAUUUAUAUGUUUAUUUGAACUGAAUGCUCUUCAGAACAAGGACUUUGAUAUCCUAGCUGUCUGAAAAGCAUCUAGCGUAUUGGUAGCAAUAUGCAAAUACAGUAUUUAAUUCCACCAUCUUUCUAUGGCCUUUCUUUGUGUAAUAAAUCUUUUUGGCCACAUGAAAAAUGUGAAAGUGUUGUAAUUCAAAACGGUCAUAUAAUUGUUCUC